AUGUCACAGAACUGGAAACCUGCUAAUCUGCCUUUGGCUGGCAACUUCCAGCGCCGAGCUGAGCUUGGACCAUGGAGCCCAAAGUCGCCGAGCCCAGCAAGGAGCCCGAUCCUUUGCUCGCUCCUCGGACCGGGAACUUUCAUCUCUGGAUUGCAUGCAGCCAACAAGGCACUGAUCUGCUGGUGUUCGAACCCCUACAUGCGCGACACAGUUGUUAAGGUGGCGGAUGUCGGCUUCUUAGGCCUGUUAGGGUCCUUGUCGCUGGCUGCAGCCUGGAAUCCCAAGAGUACCUUGAUGAACAUCCAGCCUCUGAUCCUGCAAACCGGAUUCUCGCAUCUUGUUCUCGAGAUGCUCUUCAAUGGAAUUGCCAUCCCUGCCAUGUGUGCGUCUGCAGUCCUUGAAAAUUCGGAUGACAAGAUUGUCCGGACAAAACGGCAAGAGAUUAUGGAGAAAGCAGCUGCAAGGAAUGUCGCUCAAGACAGAGUGAGCAUGACGGUGGUGAGUGACGUCGAGCCUGACACGGGAAGCCAGACGGGCCUCAGGAAGGACAUUUGGCUGCAUCACUUCCUGGCGGUCGCAGCCUUCAUAGUGGUGUUGACCAAAGGAGAGUUCACUGAAGAAGCUACCAUGCUCACUUCUGUCGAAUGCACUUGCGCGCUGCCCGUAGCGUUCGGUCAGGCAGCGAAGGCGAAGCAACUGAAGGGCUCGAGAAGCAUUGUGCUUGCGGUCCUCAUGUGCUCAGGAUUUAUUCUCCGCGUCCUCCUCUCCGCCAAGCUGACUCUGCCUCGCGUGCUCGAGUUGAUCUCAGUACUCACAGGAGCUGCGAACCCGGAGCUCAGGACAGUGUCAGGGCGAGUGUUGGAGGGAAGCAUCAUGGAGCCUCAUCGUGUCAUGCUUGUCUUGUGCUCGUUUGGACUAACAGGUCAUCACCAAAGGCAGAGGGCCGAACAACAAGAACAAGAGCGAAGGAGGGGGCCAGAAGGACGCUGGUCUCCAGCCGCAGGCGUCGUGAUGCGUUCAGUGUGCGAGGAGGGUCAGAAGAAUGUGCUGGGCAAGUGGGAGGAGGACAAGGACGCUGAGCUAGUCUGA